GAGAGGGAAAGAAGAGUGAGGAAGAAGAGAGAGAGGGAGCAGUGGCAGAAGCAGCCUGCCCUUCAAGUUCUUUGGUCCAGCUUGAAUUCAGAGUUGUACUUUCAACUUAUGAAAACAUUUCUAUCCACAGCUACCUUUCAGCUCGCCAGAGCUCAUCUAACUACUUCAACUCUUAUCUGGGCCCCCUCCCUCCCUUGCUGACUGCCAGCCUGAUUUGCUUCCCGGGGAUCUUAACGGGAUCAGAAGAGGUUGCCGAGCGUUCUUCGAGUGGCGGAGCGGUCAGAGGCAGCCAGAGUUGUCAUGGCCAUGUCCAAGGAGCGGAGUGUGUGUCUGGGGCUCUGGGUGCUCCUUUUGCUUGGUGCAGGCAUGGAGGAAGUAGUGGAGGGAUGCAGCUGCCACCCAGCACACCCACAGCAGCUCUUCUGCAGCGCUGAGAUCGUGAUAAGGGCAAAGAUCUCUGGAGAGAAGAUCGUGUCGCCUAGCAACAGCUCCUCACCUUACAUGAAGAUGAUCCAAUAUGAAAUCAAAAUGAUCAAGAUGUUCAAAGGUUUUGACAAGGCCAAGGAUAUCCAGUAUGUGUACACUCCAGUCUUCUCUUCACUGUGUGGAGUCAAACUGGACUCCAACAAUAAAGCAGGGUAUCUGCUCUCAGGGAGUAUGUGGAGCGACGGGAGGAUUUCUAUUGGCCAAUGCGACCUGGUCGAGUCCUGGGACAACUUAUCACUGUCACAAAAGAAGAAUCUCAACUACAGAUACCAGAUGGGCUGUGAAUGCAGAAUCAACACUUGUUACACAGUGCCAUGUGCGUCUACAGGAGAAAACGAGUGCUUGUGGACUGACUGGCUGCUGGAUAACAGCCUAAAUGGGGAGCAGGCUCGGCAGUACGCCUGCAUCCGUCGCUCUGACACAACCUGUAGCUGGUACCGGGGUGGACCCCCGCCUGAGAAAGACUUCCUGGACAUGACUGACCCUUGACCUGUAAUUCCAACAUUGAUUUCACUCCAUUUGACUCCUGCACCGCCUCGAGAAAAAUGUCCCGCUUUGGCUAACGUAGCUCAAAUUUGCUGUGCAAAGUAGCAACUGAUUUCACUGAAAAAUUGGCUGAUUUUUACAUUCAAGGGAGCUUAACUCUCCGCUGAGCUUCUGUUAGCAGAGUUCAGGUGGUUGCUACAGCAAUGCUAGGAAAAGUUUUAUAAUCUGCAGGGGCUUUCAGCAUUCCUCUGAGUCAUUUUCUCGCUCUCACACAUUCCACUUCGCUUGCUGUUUUCCACAGAAUAAGAAUAGCAGCAGACCAUCCACGGCAGAUUAUUCAACCCAGAGUGAAUCUUUUUUCUAUCCUCUCUGAGGACAGUACAGUAAAUGCAUAACCUUUACAAAACAGAAAAAUCCGAGGACCUCAUAUAUGUUUAUGCAUAACUUACAAUAAGUUAUGCAGUAAUUUAAGCUAUUCAUAUACUUAAAGAGGAAGUUUUGACAAUUGCUGUCAAACAACAGUAGCAGAAAAAAGAUGCCAAAUUCUGCCACAACCUUGCAUUGCAAAGUAUACUUUACAUAUUGUAAACAAAUCUUCUGUGCAUACAUUUUCGCAAGUAGACUGAAGGACUGCCACCUUUUAUCCACACAUUCUGGUUUUUAAUUUUUACCUUUGUCAUCAACCAGUCCCAUGCAAGUGAAAAUGUACUGUACAUGUACAGAACAAGGCAAUACCAGACAUUCCCCAGUUAAUUAUAUUUUGACAAGCUCUGACACAGGAAUUAUAUAUGACAACAAUUCUACAUCUGUCUAAAACAAAACAGUUUAAACUCUCAAAUUUCUGAGACUGUAAAUAUUGUAUUUCAGUGAGAAUUAACAUUUUACAGGCUAACCGGAUCUUGUCUUAUAGCAUAUAGAGGUUCUUAUCUUGUGGUUUUGUGUGUUUAGUUUCCUUGGUUGAACUCUGUACUAUUUCCUGUGCCAAAAAUCUAAUCCAGCGCUUUAACAACAGCACUGCCACUUGUAGAAGCCAAGCCCCCUCUCCUUAAAGAAAAUGACGUAACAGGACACGGUUCAAUUCACUGUUUGAACUCCUUAAGAAGAACAGGAAGUGGAUUCUCCUCGAGGUUCAAGCUCAAGAACACAUAGUAAAAACUUUGGCACAAGAUGUUAACCAACAGAAAAGAAAUAACUCUUCAUAAAAGAGCUAUAGUUAAUGAUUAAAGUGUUAUUUUUAUAGGCAUUAUUUAAUAUAAUGACUCAAUAUUAAUUCAAACGAUCAAAAUCUGAAUUGACCCCUGUCUUGUUACUGGAUUACUUCACUGAAGUCACACAGAUUAAAAUGCAUUGCCACUUGCUCUUCAUGCAUAAGUCAAUAUGUCAAGAUCAUAUUAGGGUCACAUUCAACAACAAAGUAGUUUCAUUUCACCCGCAGAGUGCAGCAAUUUGUUUGAUACCUUCUGAAAUAUGUUAAUAAUUCCAUCGCUUCCAAACAUUUCAUUGAUAUGAUCACAAUGCAUAAGAACUGUAUGGCUUUAGUGAAGUGUUAUCAAACUAUUUCCUGUUUGUUUUAUACUGAACAAAUUGUUUGGGUUUGUAUUUAUGUCUCUGUUUCUGUCUAAAUAGAGUUUUCUAUUUCCAUGUACCAAAA